GUUACCCGCUUCUCGGGUGUCUCCAGCUCUUUUCCCCCACCCCCGGCCCGCCAGCGAGCGGCUCCGGCGGCCACGCCUAAGAUGACUAAUGUGUGAUCUCGGUGGAAUAAAUGGCGUCCAAAGUGACAGAUGCUAUAGUCUGGUAUCAAAAGAAGAUUGGAGCGUAUGAUCAACAAAUAUGGGAAAAAUCCGUAGAACAAAGAGAAAUCAAGGGGUUAAGAAAUAAACCAAAGAAAACAGCACAUGUGAAGCCUGACCUCAUAGAUGUUGAUCUUGUAAGAGGAUCUGCAUUUGCUAAGGCAAAACCUGAGAGUCCUUGGACUUCCCUAACAAGAAAGGGAAUUGUUCGAGUUGUGUUUUUCCCCUUUUUCUUCAGGUGGUGGUUACAAGUAACUUCAAAGGUCAUCUUUUUCUGGCUACUUGUUCUUUACCUCCUUCAAGUUGCCGCAAUAGUAUUAUUCUGUUCAGCUCCAGGCCCACAUAGUAUACCUCUGACUGAAGUGAUUGGGCCAGUAUGGCUAAUGUUGCUACUGGGAACUGUACAUUGCCAGAUUGUUUCAACCAGAACCCCUAAGCCUACUUUUAGCAGUGGGGGCAAAAGAAGAAGGAAAUUAAGAAAAGCAGCACAUUUGGAAGUACAUAGGGAAGGAGAUGGCUCUAGUACUACAGAUAACACACAGGAAGGAACAGUGCAGAACCACGGUACCAGCACUUCUUACAGUAUUGGCGCUGUCUUCAGAGAACUCUGGCAUGCUGCUUUCUUUUUAUCAGGGUCAAAGAAAACAAAAAAUUCAAUUGAUAAAUCAACAGAAACAGAUAAUGGUUAUGUAUCCCUCGAAGGGAAAAAGACAUUUAAAAGCAGUGAGGAUGGAAUACAAAAUCACGAACCUCCAUGUGAAGUCAUUAGGUCAGAAGAGACAGGCUGGAGCACAGGAACAGUCAGGAAUACACCCAAUAACCAGCACAGAGACAACCAAAGGAUAAUCACCAAUGUCUCAGAUGAAGUAUCAAGUGAGGAAGGCGUGGAAACAGGAUACGCAUUGCGUCGCCAUGUAGAAAGAGCCUCUGAGAACAUCCUUCGAAAUAGGAAGUCACAUCAUUAUAAGAAGCAUUAUUCUACAGAGGAUGCCCCUAAAUCGGGUACUAGUUGCAGCUCUCGCUGUUCAAGCUCCAGACAAGAUUCUGAGAGUACAAGGCCAGAAUCAGAAACAGAAGAUGUAUUAUGGGAAGACUUGUUACAUUGUGCAGAAUGCCGUUCAUCUUGUACCAGUGAGACAGAUGUGGAAAAUCCUCAAGUUAAUCCAUUUAUGAAAAAGGAAUAUAGAGACGACCCUUUUCAUCAGAGUCAUUUGCCCUGGCUCCACAGCUCCAACCCAGGAUUAGAAAAAGUCAGUGCAAUUGUAUGGGAAGGUAAUGACUGCAAGAAAGCUGAAAUGUCUGUGCUUGAAAUCAGUGGGAUGAUUAUGAACCGAGUCAACAGCUACAUACCAGGCAUAGGAUACCAGAUUUUUGCAAAUGUGAUUUCCCUUGUCCUGGGUUUCACUCCGUUUGUUUUCCGGCUUUCCCAAGCUACAGACUUGGAACAGCUCACAGCAUAUUCUGCUUCAGAACUUUAUAUCAUUGCAUUUGGUUCUAAUGAAGACAUCUUGGUUCUUUCUAUGGUUUUAAUAAGUUUUGUGGUUCGUGUAUCUCUUGUGUGGAUUUUCUUCUUUUUGCUCUGUGUAGCAGAAAGAACUUACAAACAGAGACUACUUUUUGCAAAACUCUUUGGACAUUUAACAUCUGCUAGGAGGGCUCGAAAAUCAGAAGUUCCCCAUUUCCGAUUGAAGAAAGUGCAGAAUAUAAAAAUGUGGCUAUCUCUUCGUUCCUAUCUUAAGCGUCGAGGUCCUCAGAGAUCAGUUGAUGUAAUAGUUUCAUCUGCAUUCUUGUUGACUAUUUCGGUUGUGUUUAUCUGCUGUGCCCAGUUGCUUCAUGUGCAUGAGAUCUUCCUUGAUUGUCACUACAACUGGGAACUGGUGAUCUGGUGUAUCUCUUUAACACUUUUUCUUCUAAGAUUUGUUACCCUUGGAUCUGAAACAAGCAAAAAAUAUAGCAAUACCUCAAUAUUACUUACUGAACAGAUAAACCUGUACUUGAAAAUGGAGAAGAAACCUAAUAAGAAGGAGGAACUGACACUAGUGAAUAAUGUUUUGAAACUUGCUACUAAAUUACUGAAGGAAUUGGACAGCCCCUUCAGGUUAUAUGGGCUUACAAUGAAUCCGCUGCUUUACAAUAUUACCCAGGUUGUCAUAUUGUCUGCUGUUUCUGGUGUUAUCAGUGACUUACUUGGAUUUAAUUUAAAGCUUUGGAAGAUCAAAUCAUGACAAUGUCGAGAAAAGGCCUGGUCUUCUUUAUUGAAACAAGAGUACUGACUAAGCUGUCUCAAAGCAGUCACUGAAUCUGUGCUUCAGAAGCUACGGGCUCCUUAAAGGAUGUAGCUUAGAAAAUUGAAGUGUUUACAUCUGACUGUCUUGUGCAAUUGUUAUAUUUAUUUUUACCUUUUCACUGUUUUUACACUUUAGUCUUUAUAUUUUAUUUUCAGACAUUGAUAUACCUAGUUAUUGAAAGGGUGACAAAAACUGAUAUCCGUGUACUUGAGAUCCUGCUAAGAGUUCAUAGUCAGUUGUUAACAUAGUGGAUCCAGAAUACAGACGUCAUUGCUGAGAAUCGUUUCCUCAUAGGUAGAGUGAACUUGCCUUACUUUAGAAAAAAAUUCUUUAGGUUAAACAAUUUAUAAUGUUUCUGUAGGCACAAAACUUAUACACCUAGCAUUCUGAUACAUUCAGAAUAGACUUAAUUGUUCUGAAUAAGAACCAACUGUCAGUUGACAGAAAUAGCUGAAUGAUUUAUUUACUGUGUUAGAAUACUUUCUAGAUCCAGAGUUUUCUCUGUAUUUUAUAUUUGGAACAGUUUCAGGAUCUAAACUGAUUAAGCUGCAGUUUAAGCACCCUUCAGUAUUAAUAAAUUAAUAUGGUAUUAUAUAAAACAGGUCAACAAGUGCUCUUUGAUGAUAAAACUCUUAAUAGAGCAAUAAUUGUAAAUGGUUACAAAGCAGUAAGGUAUUUUGAUAAAAAUUAACUAGUAAUAAUUGUAUUUAUUUGAAACACUGGGCUGUUUGCACAGCUCUAACUGUGCAUGCUCAAAAUGUGCACUUUUAAAAUUAUUACUUUUAAUGUGUAUCUUUCUAUGGAAUAUGUUAUAGUGUACGGGGGCAUGAUAUGGUAUCCUUUUGAGUGAGAUAUAUAUGCUCAUCUCACAAGUGAAGUGCCUCUUGAUUUUACUAAAGUACCUUAUGUUUACUCAAGUAAAAUAGAUUUUUUUCCCCCAUGGUACACUAUAGCACAUGCCAUUUAUACCACACUCAAGUGAACAAUCUAAGGAUAAAUAUCCAUAAAAGAAGAUAUAUGUAUAUACACAUACGUCUGUUCCUAGAACCAUAUAAAAAAUUUCAGAAAAAUACAGUUUUUACAAACUCUGUCCUCUAAAUUUCAUCUGAGAUAUACACCUCCCUUUUUCAUGACAUAAGGGCUAUUUAAAAGUAUAAUUUUUCUAGAAAAUUGAUUUCUCCAUAAGUGUCAAAUUGAGUACUUUAUCUUAUUGGCAUAUUAGGCAGAUGGAGUUAACUUGAAGGUAUCUUGUUGAAUCUUGAUUACAGGUUGUUGUAUGUGUAUAAUCAAUUAUGACUAACGAAUUUUCUGAAAACUGGACAUUUGCCCCAAACCAGGAAUUGUUUGAAAUAAGUAAAAGUCCGGUUUGAGCCAAAUCCAGCAUGUUAAAUAUAUUCAAACCCUUAAAAUUUUUAGGAAAUUCAACAUUUAGGAAAUUCAUCAAUAAUUUAUCAAUUAUUCAUUUGAGACUGGUAUAUUUAGUUCAGUAUUCACCGAAAUUGUAACUUCUGGUCUGUGUAAAGAGUAGAACCAUGUAGACAACUCUUUGUUCUUAUCAUUCCAUACAAUCAGUAGAUUUGAAGGUAAUUUAGCCUCAGAUUGUGUGGUAUACACUACUUCUAUGGAAAGCAACAAGUAAGCAUUUUUAAAAAUUUGCCUGUGUACUAAUAAGUUUAAUAAUGACCAAAGUGCAUUCUGAUUUUUUGAAGGAAUGUAUUACUGGAGCUUUAAGAACAUAUUUAGUUUCUCAUGUGAAAAAUUAGGCUAUGUCUGAUAUGUUUCUUCUUCCUCUGUUGUCUCUUGUUGGAGUUGUUUCGAGGAAUUAUAUUUUAUAAACAACUUUUCAAAAAUAAGGUACAAACCUACACAGAACUUACAUUUUGCACAGAAUAUAUUUUGAGAAAAAAAAGUACAGCUUGAGUUCUGUUGGGGGUAAAAGUGAGACUUAUAUCUCAAAAAGCAAAACCUUUUAUUUCAGAAUGUAAGUAUUUUUGAGAAACCUAAAUGAUGAAUAUACUGUUUUAAGAAAACCUGUUUUAGAAUUGAAGUUGGGAGAUGAGUUAUUAAUUACAGUUCACCUCUCAACAACUUUUUAUUAAUCUGCUGGAUUAUGUCACUAACAUUGGCAGCAAAAAGGCAAUAAAAUAACCAUUUUGUCAUUUGAAGUAAUUUAGCCUGUCAUUGAAGCAGGAAAAUUUAAAUUGUUGCCAUUUAAUAUAUCAUAAAGGCAAGAAAAUUUAAAAAAAUGUUACACAUCCCAUAACAUAGAAAAACCAGGUCAAAAAUAGAGGUAAGUGGAAAUGUGGCAGAUAAUGUGUGUUAACUAUCUUUGUUUUCUUUUUUUUUUGCCACAUAUAUUGUAACUGAAAGUUUGAUCAGCAAGUUUAAAAUAAAGAAAUCUGUGGCUGAUGGUA